GAGCUGAAGCAUUGCUCUGCGCAGUGUCUGGCGCCUACGGGUAUGCAGAGUCUCCCAUCUACUCCUUGAUUAACAGGGAAAAGGCCCAUUUUGCUCCAUCUGGAACCGUGAAGUCAUUGCUGAAUCUAUUUAUAUUCAUUCUGUGAGGAAAAGGGCAAUCCCCAGAAAUAUUUAACUGUUCUGUUUCAGCAGUCACUGACAAAGUGAGAAUUGGACCACAGGAUGGCAGAAACUUAUGUCACUGCACCUGAUGGGUACUGUCUUUCUGACCCGGUGCAAUACUAUGAUAUUCUGCCAGAACAAAAUGAUUACCAGCUGCAUGACACUGAUUUUCAAGAACCACCUUAUUGCCAGUCUUCUACUGCCCAGUGUCCUCCAGCUCUGCAGCCCCCAUCUUUACAAAAUCAUUUCAACACGUAUUGGUUGGAUCCACAGUUUAGAGGUGGAGAGUAUCGACUUGGUUCCUGUGAAUUAAAUAAAUCCACUUCUGUGGCUGACCACGAUGCCGAAGAUGGAUACCCUGAAAUAAAAAGGUCCAGGCUAACUCAUUCUCCCAUGCGAACUAAGGGACAGGAAGAACUCUGUAUGGUUUGUGGUGAUAAAGCGUCAGGAUAUCAUUAUAAUGCACUUACUUGUGAGGGUUGCAAAGGUUUCUUUCGACGUAGCAUUACUAAAAAUGCAGUAUAUAGUUGCAAGAAUGGUGGUCACUGUGAAAUGGACAUGUACAUGCGUAGAAAAUGUCAAGAGUGCAGACUGAACAAGUGCAAGGCAGUAGGAAUGUUGGCAGAAUGUUUGCUCACAGAAAUUCAAUGCAAAUCAAAGGAACUUCGAAAGAACUUUAAGAAGAAUAGUUUUCGUUCUAACAUCAAAGAGGAAGAGAUCCAGGAGAACAUGGAACUCACUCAAGAGGAACAUUGGCUUAUUAAUAGCAUUGUGGCUGCUCAUCAAAAAUACACAAUUCCUUUAGAGGAAACAAAGAAAUUUCUGCAGGAACAUGCAAAUCCUGAACUGAGCUUUUUGCAACUCUCAGAGACGGUAGUCCUACACAUACAGGGGUUAAUGGAUUUUACCAAAGGACUCCCAGGAUUUAAAAACUUGACGAAUGAGGAUCAGACUGCAUUACAGAAGGGAUCAAAAACUGAAGUGCUGUUCCUUCAUGUGGCCCGACUUUACAGAGAAGGAUUUUCAUCAGCUUCCGAAAGUACUGUGAGAUUAUCAGAUCAUUCAGAUCAUUCACUGAAUUGUCACGAUGGAAGUGUUAUUUAUUCUAAGGAAACAUUUUGCAACAAAGACUGUCUUUCCACUACACUGACUGGUGUCGCUGCAGAAUUUAUCAGCACACUGUUUUACUUCUACAGAAGAAUGAGUGAGCUUAAUAUUACUAAUACUGAAUAUGCUCUGCUUGCAGCGACUACUGUGUUUUUUUCAGAUCGUCCAUGCCUUAAAAAUAAGCAACGUGUGGAAAAUUUACAAGAACCAAUUUUACAAAUUUUGUACAAAUAUUCAAAAAUUUAUCAUCCAGAAGACCUACAGCAUUUUGCUCAUCUCAUAGGGAGGCUCACUGAACUGAGGACACUCAAUCACAGCCAUUCAGAAAUACUUAGCAUUUGGAAAACAAAGGACCCUGAAUUGGCUAGUUUUCUCUCUGAGAAAUGGAAUCUGUAUUCACAUUGCUGAAACUUUAGAAUAUUGCGGUGUGUCUUAAAAUUCCUAAAUCUAAUUGUUUACUGUAUCAUUAUAGGAUGACUGAUUUGAAAAACAGAACAGCAUUGCUAUGUUACCAAUGUUUCACAACUAUAAAAUGGACAUCAUCAGGGCUCCUCAAAUUUUGGGGAAUGCAGGACUACCACUAGCGGGACAUCUAGAAUUCAUCUAGGAUUUCAAGGUUCGACUCUUAAAAAAAGUAACCGUUGUUACUGCUUGUUUCCUUCAAAAGGGGAUAAUAUUAAAUAGAAUUCUUACCUGAAGAAAAUACUUUUUUUAUUUAGUGUGAAAUUGAAUGAAAAUAUAUGGAUUUCUCAUAGACAUGAAAAAGGCUAUGUCAUGGAAACAAUGUAGUAAGAGUAAAGGCAGUUUGUGAACCUCAUUAAUGCCCGAUUUAUGGAUAACGAACUAACAUUUUAAACCCAUUCCUAUUAUAGUAUUUUAUGAUUAUAGAUGAAAACAGCUUUGUCCAACUCUUAACUUUUCUUAAUAUUUUUUAAAAAGAGAUCUCUUAUGAGUCCAAAUUUAAAACUUUGUGAUGGCAAGAUACUGGAAAAAAUUAAUGUGAAAAAUUGCUAAAACAUUUUUAAACAUAUAUUGGGAAUAUAGCACAAUUUACUACUCAUUCUGAUAGAAAAAUAUUUUUACUUUUUUUUUUUUUGCCAACACCUUGUGUACAAAAAAUGAAGUUCUUAAAAUCUUUCCAAAAAUAUUUUCAUUCUUGUGAGGAUGAAAAAGACAGAAUGGUUAUAUAUUAAAAAUAAAUUUCAGCCCUAGUUGGUGUGGCUGAGUGGAUUGAGCACUGGCCUGCAAACCAAAGGGUCACUGGUUUGAUUCCCAAGUGUAGGGCACAUGCCUGGGUUGCGGGCCAGGUCUCCAGCAGGGGGCAGGUGAAAUGCAACCACACAUUGAUGUUUCUUGCCCUCUCCUUCUCCCUCUC